AUGGCUCAGAAAAGAAUUCUAGAAAGUGACAAUAUCGAAAAGCCAAUGAAGAUUCGCAAAUAUCUUGAUGAGGAAAUUUCCAAUUUACGACUAAAGUCUCUUUUUCUUGAAAAAUGGAUUAUUCUCAAACAACUUGAAUGCCACGAAUCAGUAUAUUGUUAUUUAGUUUGCGAUAAAAGUAUUAAGAAUUUUGGAAAAUUGAGUUUAUGCGUUUCGGAGUUUGAUUGGUCUCCAUUAGACAUUCAACUAGACUUUUUAGUGAAAGUUUGCUACGAUGUCGAAGGAGUCUCUCUGGAAGAUUGUCUGAAAUGCGAACCUGAAGAUGAAGUUGUUUACUUGAAUACUAUUGUUUUGCUUGCAAUUGAUAUCAUACAAACACUUGAAAUUCUAAUUUCAACCGGUUACGUUCUCAGAGAUUUCGACGUCAGUGACUGGAAAUUCAACACAAAAUCUAGAAUGAUUUAUCUCGCGAAUUUAUCAAACAUCGGAGUUCUCACUGACAAACGUUACUCGAAUGGAGUUUUUAAAAAGUCGACCUCGAACGAAUUCGAUUGUGGAUGGCUUGGAGAUUUCUUGUAUGCACCAAGAAAGUUUCAUGAAAACCCAGAAUGUUAG